ACAUAAACUUGAGACAGAAGGGAUUGCCUGCUGAAAUGGAUGAUGAGGGAGUGGCUGCAAAUAUUGAUGCCAGCCGGUCUAGUGGGUCGCCAUCUAAUUUUAAAUUUACUGGUGAGAAGUUCUGGAGAAAGUGGUAUAAAAGGCUUACAGGUGAAAGUAACAUAUCCGGUGACCCAAACUUAAUAAAUGCAUCUUCUGCUGAGUUGCUUUCUGAAAUCUACUCUACAGCUGUCAACUGCCUCUAUCCGAACGAAAAUAAGACAUUUGAUUCAGUUGCCUGGUUUGUUUCUAGAUUCAGGAUUUCGGUAUUUCAUGAUGAAUCUAUUUGUAAAGCCUAUCGUAACAAUAUGGUUGGUCAGGAAGAUGCUAACCCCAACCUGUUGGGAUAUAGCGGUCAGAACGAGGCAAAAUCUGAACCAAAGAAAAGGAGGAGAAAGUCUAAGUUGAAGCAUCCAGGGGGCGAAGACACUGCCAGCAUGCCAAAUCUAGUUCAAAGCACUUCAACUGCUACAAAGAAAAGGGGACGACCAAAUCUGGGAAGAUUGAAGACUAAAUCCCUUUCUGGACUGUCAGAUGUGAAUAUUGGCAUCACCCCUGAUAGCUUUUUGGUGCAAGAGUCGUUGGACGUACACCCUCUCAUGCCCUGUGGUAAGCAAAAGAAUAGAAAGAUCGAUGAUGUAGCAAGUCCCGUGUGUCUGCAGAAUAAACAAACUACAGGAAUUCCAGAUUUAAAUGGGAACAAUCUUCUACCUGGCCUUCUUGGUGAUGAUCAACAGGCUAUUGGCACUGCUGCUUCUGAAGGUAAAGUUUUGUUAGAAAAUAGGUUAGGGAGUGAAACGGCUUCAGAGCAUUUGAAGUCUAAUAUCCCUGCUGCCUUUGUAGAUGUGAAUGUAAAAAAUAUGAAACCUGGUUCUUUGGUUGUAGAUCUGCGGGUUUCUCCUCAAGCUUUGUCAUGCCUGGACCCCAAACGGAAUACUGGCUUACUCUCAGCUGAAACUAGGCCUGCACAGAGAAAGAGAAAGAGAAAGGAGAAAGCAGAACAAAAGCUUCCGGCUGAUGGUAUUCCAGAUUUGAAUGGAAGUAGUGCUGAAUGCAACUUAUUGGGAAAGGCAUGUCAAGAGUUUAGUGGCCUGACGCCUCCAAUUAAACCAGAGCGGAAGAGGAGGAGGAGAAAAGGAGAAGCUACUGCUAUGCAGCGGAAACUGGAUGUGAAUAAUGGUAAAGCUCAGAUUAAUGAUAAGGCUCUGGCAACUGCUCUUAUGUUGAACUUUUCCCCAGGAGUAGCAAUGCCUUCAAAAGAUGAUUUGAUUUCAACAUUUUGUCGGUUCGGACCUUUGAAGGAGUCGGAGACACAGAUGUUGAAAGAUCCUGGUAGUGCCCAGGUUGUAUUCAUGGAAAAUGCUGAUGCUGGGGAAGCACUUCGGAGUCUAGAGAAGGACAACCCUUUCGGAGGAAACCUCGUUAGUUACAAGCUCUUCCAUCUUCCAUCUGUGUCCAGGGUUUUAGAACCAGGUUGGUCUCUCCCCACAGGUCUAGCCUCUCCAAGUUUGCCUGAAAAGGCAUCUCGCCUCGACUUCAUAAGGCAGAAUCUUCAGAUGAUGACAUCAAUGCUGGAGAACUCAGGAGACAAUCUUUCUCCGGAGAUGCGAGCAAAGCUGGAGUGUGAAAUUAAGGCCCUCCUGCAGAAGGGAGUGACUCCUUCGGGCAGGCUCUGUAGGUGAAUUAAUGUUAGAAUUGGAACCUUUGUAAUUUAUUGCAUGCAAGGGCAUAGGCAGAUGACCUAUUGCAUUCAAACCUCUAUGUAUCUCUAGUAAUUCGGCUUUUCAUUAUUUCA